AGAUGCUGAAGCAAAGUGAUGCUGUAUUUCACUAUUUGUAGCACGAGAAUGUUGGUUUUUACGUAGAUUACAUUGUUAUAUUGUUCGCAUGAUUACUAAUGCUAUGUGAUUAGGUUUGACUGUUUACAACACCUGCCAUGUCAACUGUGGCUGACCGGUUGAUGUUGAAGGAUAGGAUCAUUGAAAAUAUAUCCACAUCAAUUAAACAGAUUCAGGAGCUACAGUGCAUUGAUAAGGAAGAAGGCGACGAGAUUGUACUAACAAACGAGAGCUGGCAAGUUCAUCGGCUUUGUGAACACUUGGACCAUGCCUUUCUUUAUGGUUUGCGACACGUGAGUAAAGGCUACUGGGUGAUGUUGAAGGAAUUUACACACAAGGAAGAUUUGAGGAUGAUACUGAGUCUUCCUCACAUAGCCACGGACAUAGGGAGAGGUCGGGCGUGGAUGUACGUCGUACUGAAUGAGAACAACAUGGAGAGCUACAUCCGCUCAUUCAUGGACAACCGACACGUGCUGAGACGGCACUACGUCAAGCAUGCUCUCUUGCUGGAUGAGCAGCGCAUGCAGGUGCUGCUCACACUCGUCGCUGGCCUCGAGUUCAUCACCUUUUCUGUCGACCCGGACGUGCCGUACUUGGACCUGCAGGCGUCGUGCUUCAUCAGCGUGCCGCGCAGCAAGCGCUCGGAGAGCUGCGUCAGCUGUGACGUCGAGGAUGCCGUCUCCAUCUGCAGCAUGGAGAGCGAAGUGUCACAGGUCUCGGGCAGGGACGUGUGCACGGCUGAGAUUCCUGACAGCGACUACGCAUCGCUCAUAGAUUCCUCCACACAUUCGAGUCUAGCCGGCAAGGACAGGUUGAGUCCGCGGCACUCUCCAAAUGGAGUGAAACAAGAUGAUAAGGUCAAGCUAGCCGAUUCAAAGGAGCAUGUAACAGAGCGAGCUCUGCAUUCAAAAGAAGAAGGCAUUAUACCAGAUGCUGAUCAAGCUAAUGAUAUAAUACAAGUUAUACAGGACAACCCAGCUGUCGGUGACCACGGCAACCACGAGCCAUCGAGCGAGCAGACGAGCGACCCGAAGCAGACUGAUGUUCCAGCACCUGCGUCGUGCGAUGACAAUCCGGCCUCGACGCGUGAGGCUGCGACAAGAGACGGCGCGAAGGAGGCAUCGGUGACGCGGCGGGCCAGCCAGUGA